AUGUACGAAGGGAUUGACAACCUGAAAUCCCUUUAUGACCGUGCCGGGAAGACUUUCUCCGGCGGUCCUUCUGCGGCACAGGAUGUGUCGCGUCGUACUGCUCGACCAGACCCAGUACGUCAACCAUCAAUUGGGAGCGGGGCUCCCAAGAAUCCCAGGACGGGGGAUAGCCGCGCCACCGGACGAGGUAACUCGUCCGACGUCCGUUCACGUCGCGGUGGUUCAACAGCUGCUCAACUAGAUAGCGCUGGCCACCGCGAGAGUCCUCUAAUGGAGGUGGAGGAGGAGGAAAGACGCUCUCCACACGAUCAUGUGGAUCGGUGUGUUCCCGAGAGCUUCUUUGAUCGCGUAACGCAAGGGUUACGCGACGAUCUCGAGCAUGAGCGGAAUAGGCGUCUCCAGAUGGUGGACACUGCCUCGAAGCAUCGAGCUGAGUUUGCCUUUGCUCAGCUUGAGAACGAGAGAUCUCUGACAUCUCUUCGUGACGAGCUAAGGGUAGCUCGUGGGAUUGUUGAUCGGUCUCGGGCUGAGAUAACUGCUCUUCAGACCCUUGUUGAUGCCCACCAUCGGGAGCACAAGGCUCUCUGCGAGAUGCUUGAGCGCAAGGGCGUUCUUCAUCGGAAGAAGCAGCGUACUGAUGGUACGGCUUAA